CGGGCCUAAGCAGUGCCGUGUUCAAAUUUCGAACAGUUGAAUGCGUAUUGUAACUGUUUAAGAGAAUUUUAGUGCCAAGCGAGCUACGUCGCGACGUUGCCACUUCGCGCUUCGAAUUCGGAGGUUUCCUUGAGGAAUCCAGCUCUAAAUCUAUAGAGCAAAAACACCAUGUCUGUGACAAAGAAAUGCGAAGAGGGUGUGCCGCAAGGUGAUUUGAGCCUUGUUAUUUGAGGUAUAGAGACGAAGUUCGAAGUUGAAACAGGAGCCGAAACAAUGUUGAAGGAACGAGAGAGCUCGGAGGGGUCACCGACAACUCCAGACGAGUGCGCGGGGUGCGGUGGAAAGAUACAGGACAGGUACUACCUUCUGGCUGUUGAUAGACAAUGGCACGCCGCUUGCCUUCGAUGCUGUGAGUGUCGCUUGACACUCGACUCUGAAGUAACAUGCUUCUCUCGUGACGGCAACAUUUACUGCAAGGAGGAUUAUUACAGGUUAUUUUGCGUGAAAAGAUGUGCACGAUGCGGAAACGGCAUCACUGCGAAUGAGCUGGUGAUGAGAGCACGAGACAUGGUGUACCACAUUACAUGCUUCACCUGCGUGGCCUGUGGAACACUUCUAUCCAAAGGAGAUGUAUUUGGCAUGCGGGAUGGCAUGAUCUACUGUAGGCCUCAUUACGAUAGUGCCUGUUUGGACGAAUACUGUGAAGAAGAUGUCAAUAAUAUGUAUCGAUGUCAAGAGUUAAACAGUGAAGGUGAUUCACCAUCUCAAUAUUACUCAGGAGGCCCCAGUCACAAGGGACGUCCACGGAAAAGAAAAAGUACUCAAGCUUCCCCGGAAGACAAUAUGCAAGUGCAAACUAUGAGAAUGGCAAGCACAGCUUUGGAGAUUCUUCAUCGUGGUGAUUUGUCAUCAUCGAUGGAGUCAUUGGCGUACGAUUCCUCCGUGGCGUCACCAGGAAGCGUCACAAGCCAUUCGCAGAGAACCAAGCGCAUGCGCACGAGCUUCAAACAUCACCAACUACGCACAAUGAAGUCUUAUUUUGCCAUCAACCAGAAUCCUGACGCGAAAGACUUAAAGCAAUUGGCACAAAAAACUGGCCUGUCGAAAAGAGUACUGCAGGUAUGGUUUCAAAAUGCAAGGGCAAAAUGGCGUCGAAAUGUGAUGAGACAAGAGUCAAAUUCACACGGCCCAAUGACACCUAAUGGCACGCCCAUCCACGGCGGCGUAAUAGGACCAGGAGCAGUGCCUGCACCCAACGUCGGAUCCAUGAUGAUUUCUGAACAGCUACAAUCUAUUGAAGACCUGAGAGUUCAUACACCCCAUCCAAUGUCGUUUAACGAGAUGUACUAAUCCAUUGGAAUUUUUUUUAAGUAAAAACACGGAAUUGUGAUUUAGUCAACCUCACACACCACCUUUCUAUUUCUUUACAGGUUUGCAGAUCUAUAAAUUCAUUCACCGUAAGCGCCUCGAUAAAACAUGUUUUAAACACAUUAGUAAGUUUUCGGAAUCGGACAGCUUACUAAUGUGAUCGUAUCUUGUACAAUACUAACUGUUGUGAACGUGAACGAUGAUACUGUAGCCCCAGCCAGCCUUACACCAUCGACGCAUUGAUUUUUAGUACCUCAAAUCAAAUGACAUACCCUCAAACGUAGAAAAACUUAUAUAUAUAAAAACCCGCAGCUCUGGCUCGAGAGGUAGUCACGUAUUUCAACUAUCAAGGUUGUCGAAUUCAUGGCCUGAAUUCGAUUAAACCAGAAUCAUAUGAGCUAAGCCCAGAACGCGUGCUGUCAUAUAGUUCCCUCACAGAUCUUAGAAAGGAGAUUUUAGCAAGGAGAUUUAAUGUGUGGGGUUAAAUCGUGUUUCGGGGACAUCGUAAUAUUUUGUUUGCAUGACAACAAUGUUUCCUCGCUAUGAUUUUAUAUUUUAUCGAUAUGUUAAUUAUUAUUAGGAUUUAGUUUAUAGUAUAGUUCAAGAUUCGUGUUGAUUAUCAUUAUAUUUCUUUCGAAACUACUCGUUCGAUUCAUAAAAGGCGUAGAUUCAUCAAAUAAGUUGUUAUUAAUAUCCCACGUGUUAUAAGAAAAUAAUGAUAAGCAAUGAUAUUAAUUCAUUUCAUUGAAAAAAAAAUUUCAAUCAUUAUAUUUUACUCUGUCUAAUGAGACAACAACAUCUUAUGAUACUAUGAGAUAUAGUGUCAAGCGCAAUUGUGAUAAUACACAAAAUAUUGAAUUUAAUCUGAACUGAUUUGAGCAGCAUUAAUAAUGGACUUGCCAUUAUGCCACAAUUUCUCUUUUUGUAAUUUUUUCUCACAAAGAAAAAAAUUCUUAACUCGAAAUCACGUAUUGAAAUAUAAUAACCACUUAUAAGUCCAAUACACAUAUGUACGUCAAUCAUCGUCGACUUAUAUUACAGUAAUGGACCCAUAAACUGCAUCAAAGUUCAGGAUUACUUGCGAAUUAAUAUUUUUGAAAUGUAUGCAUACUUUUUAGAUUAAACUAAAUAAAUAUAUCGAGGUGUCUUAAAAGAAAAUUUAAAAGUAGAACUGUUGUUCACAUUCGUGUGUUACUAUAGUAAACUUUGAAAUUAUCUCUUACCAAUAAUAAUUAUUAGUAUUUUUAACUCAACUAAUGUUAACGUUAAAGUAGCCAUAACAUUAAAAAAGGCAUAAAAAGCCAUUUAUUUUCUCAAAAUUGAUUCCUUUAGAAUUAUUUUAAUGUCAUUUCUAAUAACUACUAGAUACUAUCUACUACCGCUUUGGAAACAAAUGGCGCUCUGAGAGAGAAGAAGCGGCGCAAGAAACUCUCCCAGCAUUCUUUUUUUACGCUCUUUUCAAUAUAAAUAUACAAUAUUGUACAGUCAUUUCUAUCGCUAUAAAAUAAUCAUAAUCUAGUCCCAGGCUGUCCGAUCAUUUAGAUAUUCAGCAGUGGAGUAGGUAAUAGGAUUUACGACGGAGCCAUUUUUUUUAUAAAACAUUUAAACUUAUUUAUAGGUAAUGGCUGAACAGUGGCUGGGACUUUAUUAUAGAAGUGUAUACAUUAUUAAGCAUUUUCAUUUCAAAUUAUCGCCUGACUUUAUUUUCGCUCGAGUUCUAUGAGUAACAAUGACUUGAUGAUAUUAUAGAAAUGCCAUUAUAUCUUCGUAUACUUCAAUCGGCCAACAUUAGCAACGAAGUCUAGUUAAGUUACUUAUAAUACUGUUUUAGAAAAGAUAUCAAGACGUUUUAUGUUGUUUCAAUUUAUUCAAUUACUAAUAAAUACUUGGUGGGUUAUAUUGUAAUCACGAAUUAUCUAUCACUGAAUAUAGAUAAAAUCACGUUGUAAUCUAGAUUUAUAGGUGUUAAGAUUGUAAAUAGUAUUUAUAUAGACAUUCUAGUCAAUCUGUUGACGUACACUUGUACAAAUAAAUUAUUAUCGAAACCUACAAAUCGUAUAUUAAUAUUCUUAUGUUGAUAAAAUGAAAUAAUAUUAUUUCUUCUACCAAUGCAAUAAUGCUUAUGUGAAAUAAAUAAGGUUAGUAAGUAGCAUAUAUAUAUAUAUAAAUAAUACAUAUAUACGUAUUAGAUCUCAAUAUAUCCGAAACGUCUUUUAUUACUCAUAUAUUCUAAUGAAUGGCGAAUAUAAUAACUACAUAGUUGAUAUUCGAGAUUCAUACGUUUGACGUGCGACUAAUGGCCGUUCCCAAUAUACUAUCUACAGAUAGAGAUAAAUUAAUAAUAUAAUAAUAAUAAUAAUAUCUAUUUAUUUUCUCCUCACAAAGAUCUUAAAGCUAAAACAGUACAGUAGUGUUACAUUUUUUUAACAGAUAGUAUUUUGUGAGGAGAUUAUUAUUAAUACCAUCUACUGUCAGUAAUUAGCUGUCAAUAAUCUGAAGCUGUCCCAAUAUACCCGAUAAGUCAUUCUUAACGCCUUAUAUUGGGAAGCGUGAAUUGCAUUCUCCAUACAAACUUCUAUCGCUGGUGAGCUAUAUGUCGUCCCAUUGACGACAGCGUGUGCGGAUAAGGUGAGUUACCGUCGAUAAGUUUCUUGGGACAGAAAAGUCAACGAUAGGUACGUUUUUUAUCUCAAGUAGGCCACAACCGGAGAUAGACUGAAUAUUGGGAACGGCCGUUAAUGACUCACUGAACUAUAUAAAUACCACUGGAAAGGCUGUUCCAUAUGUUUGACAGCAAUUUUUUGUGCCUAUUUGAAGCGCCACUUGCGAGCGUCCAGAGAACUAAUUUUGACGUAUAAUACAAAUGGCUGCGAGAAAAGCGUAUAAUUUUGGUCGUUUUUCGUGUUAUUUAUACUUCUUGAAUCAACGUAAUAAAGUACACAUAUUUUUGUAAAUAGUUUUCCUAUCGAUGUUUAUUUAGCUUUGGUUGUCAUCACUAGUUUUAGUACACCAGACUCUCGCUACAUGGCCAAAAUGGCGAAUAUCAAACAGACACAAAAUCACUUUGACAGCCGCCAGUCCAGUGGUACAUAGAGGUCAGUGAAAUGACUAGUUUUGGCUGUUUAAGACUUGCCUUUAACUAAUUCAAACUGUAGAACCUUUGCUUCUUUAUUGAAAUUAUAAUUAGAUGGCUUGUUUAUAAUAUAAUCACAUGAUCAUAAAUAUGUAAAACUGAUGGACAUUCCAAAGUUGUGACCACAGACUUAGAGUAUACUGUUGUAAAGACAGCACGAUAAUGCGGGUAGUUUUUGAUUUGUCAAUAUGUGCUUUAUCUAUCCAGUGAUUUAGUAUUCAAAAUACCUAAUUGUCUACCAAUUCUGGUACGGUAAUAAUAGAUUCUCUCUCCAUUUCUAUCUUGUAGCAUCUCCAGUAGAGAUGUUCUACUCUGUCGCACGCUUUACGCUAUUAUAUUGUUAGUCUAUGGUUGCGACUGCCACAUUUAUAAAUAAUACUUAAUAGGCUGGGUUGCAUCAUAUUAGCUGUUAUAGUUAAGGUUUAAGUCAAAUUUAACGUUAACAGUAACGCUGACUUAAACAUAGACUGCGGAAAAUGUUGCACCAUCGUAUAUAUAUAGUAAAAAUGAAAGUUAAAAAGUGAAAUAAAUAUCAAGUUUUCAAUAACCUAUCUAUCAUCUUAGUUUAACUUACUAGAGGUAGACAAAUCUAUCCUUUAACGCUUACUUACAUUUCAAGAACCUAUUGACAGGUAGCAUUAAACUAUAACUAUAUUGGACAUAACAUAAUACGAUCUUGUCAUUAAACGGAGGCAGCAAUGUAUCCGUUAGUUUAACUAAGGAUAGAUAGGUUAUUGAAAACGGCCGUUAACUGGCGAAGAUUGGACGCUUACGGCUAACAGUUAGAUAUGACGUCAUCUAAAAAUUGUCAAAUGGUGCAACUAAUUUUUUGCUUAACCGGUACUUUAACAUUCUUGUUAUUGCAAAAGUUAGCUGGUGGAACCCAGCUUAAUUGUCAAUGUAAUGUAGCAAAUUAACAGAUUAGCUAUAGUUAGAACUACAUGUCUAUUAUAUACUGAAGAAAUAAUAUAUCAUGACUAUAGCAUU